UGUGAUAAAGUCUCAUGUAAUUCAGACUGGCCUCGAAGUCAUCCUGUGGCCUAUGAUGGCCAUGAACUCCUAAUCCUCCUGCCUCCACCUCGAGAGUGCUGAGAUCAUCGGUGCAGGAGUCUUACCACAUCUGGCUUAAGUUUCGGUUCCUGUAUUCACAUAUCUCCAACUAGCAUUUAAGGCCUUUUGGUGGCCAAAGCCAGCCAAUUAAUUCAUUCCUGUUGCUGUUCUGCAAGGAGAAGAUCAUGAGUGGAAGGUGCUUGCUGUGAUUUCGAAUCAUUUUGCUCUUAGUUACUUCUGUAUUUCUCUCGAAAAGUAGGGGGCUCUAAUACAGUAUCUUGCAACAAAGAUGUGGUUUCCACGGAGACCUGCAAGUUUUCCCUCUCAUCAAGCUCAGGCCCUACGGGGCAGAGGAGGAAAAUAAAGCGCAGCCAGCCGCCAGAGAUAACUUGGAUCAAAGGUAGCAGCCAGACGGGAAGUUCUGCCCAGACACGUGGCUGGACAGAAGUUGGAAGGAGACUGCGGAGCGGACAGACCAGGAGGAGCCUCAGCCGCUGUGAUUGACCUUGAGGACGAAGAGGAUGACGAGGAUGACGUUGCUCCGGUGGCUGAUAUUCCUGACCCCCUGGGGAGUCGCAGUUGCUGAACUAGGGAGGUUUUGGCACAUCUCUGACCUGCAUCUGGACCCCAACUACACCGUAUCGAAAGACCCCCUUCAGGUGUGUCCGUCGGCCCAAUCCCGGCCUGUGCCAAAUCCCAGCCCUUGGGGUGACUACCUCUGCGACUCUCCUUGGGCCCUUAUCAACUCCUCCAUCUACGCCAUGAAGGAGAUUGAGCCAAAGCCAGACUUCAUUUUCUGGACAGGGGAUGACACCCCGCACGUCCCCAAUGAGAGCCUGGGGGAGGCAGCCGUGUUGGCAAUCGUGGAACGCCUGACCAACCUCCUCAGGGAGGUCUUUCCAGACACUAAAGUCUAUGCUGCACUGGGAAAUCACGACUUUCACCCGAAAAGCCAGCUCCCAGCAGAAAGCAACAGCAUCUACAGUCGGGUGGCGGCAAUGUGGAGACCCUGGCUUAGCAAUGAGUCCUUCGCUCUCUUCAAAGGAGGUGCCUUCUAUUCUGAGAAGUUGCCGGGUCCUGGCAGGGCAGGGCGAGUUGUGGUCCUCAAUACCAAUCUGUACUACAGCAACAAUGAGCAGACAGCCGGCAUGGCCGACCCCGGCCAGCAGUUUCAGUGGCUGGGAGAUGUGCUGAGCAAUGCAUCUCGGGACGGAGAGAUGGUGUACAUUAUCGGCCACGUGCCCCCAGGCUUUUUUGAGAAGACACAGGGGAAGGCCUGGUUCCGAGAGAGCUUCAACGAACAGUACCUGAGGGUGGUCCAGAAGCAUCAUCGUGUCAUAGCAGGCCAAUUCUUCGGGCACCAACAUACCGACAGCUUCCGGAUGUUCUACGACAACUCAGGACGCGGUGACCUACUUUCUGAACCUGAGCCAGGCCAGUGCACACGAGACCCCACGCUGGGAGCAGGAGUACUGCCUGACAGAGGCCUACCAGGUGAAGGAUGCAGGCACGGGCUCCAUGCACACGGCGCUGACCCGAAUCGCCAGCGAGCCUCACAUCCUGCAGCGUUAUUACGUCUACAACUCGGUCAGCUACGACCAUUCGACCUGCGGGGACCUCUGCCGCGCCGAGCACGUGUGUGCCAUGCAGCAGGUGGCCUUCGGCACUUACGCUACCUGCCUGCAUGGCCUGGGCGCCCGGCUGGUGCCUGGUUUCCUGCUGGUCCUGACCCUGCUGCCGAGCCUGUUGGCGGGGCUGUGACUGCGGGCUGUGACUGCCUGCCCUCCUAGCCAGGGGCAUCUUUCUCCUGGUAACACUGGGCAACCUCAUCCCAUGUAGAGAUAAACUCUGCCAUCGGUCUCCCCUGUCCCCAGAGAGUAAAUGGCAUGGGACCUUUGGGCUCACCAGAGAGGUCCCUACGAAGCACGCUGCUUCCAAGUUUUUGUGUUUUACCCACAAAACAUGCACGUAGCACA